AUGUCGACCCCCGAAAAGAAACCCCCAAUAACCUGCCACGUCCUCGACACAACCCUCGGGCGCCCCGGCCCCAACAUCCCCGUAACCCUCACCCUGCACCCCACAACCACCACGAGCACCGCCUCAACCCCCAAAUUCACCGGCCUCACAAACGGUGACGGCCGCGUAACCGCCUGGACACCCAGCACGCCCUUCUCCUCCGCGAGUCUGGAAGAAUUUGACGUUUGA